AUGCGCACACACGCAGCGGCACGCAAUGCCGCUGCCGCGACACACAAACCCCACCGUCGCUCCGUUCCUCUCCCAUCGUCCAUGCAUGUGGGCAAAGCCUUCACGCUCCCACUCGCACACAGCAAGGACAGCCGUUAUCCCUCGUUCAUGGCGGCCACAUACUUUGAAGGUCGUCGCGGGCGUCGAACCUUCCCCGAGCGAAACGCCUCGCAGAUUUCGUUUGGGGACGCGAGCGCCAACAGUCCGAUAGAAAAGGAAGAGGGGCCGGUGCGGCGACAGGCGCAAGCGUCUGCACCGGUGGCAUGGCAGCAGCAGCAGCAGCAGCGUCACGAGCAGGUGUGGCCGACGCGACGACCGCGCGGACCUGGGACAGCGUUUGCCGCGCAUAUUGAAGCGAACGGCUUUCCAGCCGCUGCCUCGCGCCGCAGCGCCUGCGUCGAUGUCGUGCCUGAGUGUCUUUACCAGUAUGACACGAGCAAGCUGCACACGCACAAGAAGCUGGCUCAGAUGCCGAAUCGCGUAAAGCAGUGCGACCGCAACCUUCAGCUGUUUCUGCGACCGGAGGAGCAGGUGGCACGGUCUGCCGCGGCAGCCGUGAUGCUGGGUGAGUGGCGGGAUAGGCAGCUGUUCUACUCUCGUUAUCCGUCUGUGCAGGCGCACGAGCACAGCAGAGACCCGCGCAUGAUUGCCGACGUGGUCGAGGCCGCGUCCAGCCCACUUUUACACGCUGCGCCGUACGAUCGCGUCAUGAUGGCUGACCGCCGCCCUUGCCUUCCCUAUGCGCCUGCCGCGGAACUCGACGACUCGCCGCUUUUGAGGAGGUCUCUGUCAACAUAUCGACUGCGCCGGCUGAAGCACCUCUAUCAACGCGAGCGCAACAGGCCACGUGAGGCAAGCCGCUCAGCGGAGAGAGAUGUGGAUGCAGUCUUAGAAGAGGACGCACGGGCUCGGCAUGGUCAAGCUGCAGUCUCCACACUGCCAUCCGGCACGACGGCACACCCUCCCAGCCACGGCGACGUCAGCGCUGACGUCGCCGCAAACGUACCUCCGCUGAGACGUCGAGCGGAGCGCAGCAGUGUCAGACGUGAUGACGGCGACGGCGCCGUGUAUGCGCAUCCACUGCACGGUCGUGACUGGCAGCCGUGGGAGCGCGAGUAUGCAUGUGAGGCGCCCUCAGCGGCCCCUCGCACCCGAUCAUCCUUCCACGCAUCCGCGCCGAUCUCGGACUCGAAUGAGAGCAGAGAUGGCCAUAACGAUAGAUAUGGCGGUGCUGAUCACGCACCCGCGAACUCUCUCGGCAGCGCCAUCCCCUCAGCCAACUGGCGGUGUGCCUCUGCCCCACAUCCGCGACAGGCCACAGGCUCGUACGCCGAGAUCUCUGACAGCACUGAAGUCCGCAGUGAGCCGCCUAGGCAUACCACUCGCAUCGGCGCGCGAAUUGCCGUGGCUGAUGCCGCUCCUCAAGUACCCCACACCUCCGCCUGGUUUGCGCCCCUGCGUAAUGACCGUGUAGCGCGGCAGGUGCAUCGCACCAGAAGCGCCGACCACGCUCGCGCAUCGCACGCGUUGCGAGAAGAAAAGGAGCGACAGGCUGGCCAACUUCAGCGGCACAUCUCAACGACAUCGCCAGCGGCGCAGGGGAGCUCGUCCUCCACCACAGCGGGGGCGAGGCCGGCGGAAACCUCCCCUGCCGCCUCCGCUCGCACACAAGCGACGGUGACCCUCGCCGACGUCUGCACACAUAAACAGUUGCGGACACCAUCUCUGCAGCAGCGGCAGCACUGGCAGCUGGCGGGCAGCGCCGCUUCAUCUACCUUCUUCCCCACAUCCUCUGCACGUGUGCAGGGGCGAGGCGAAGCAGCGCUGACCCUGCGAGACGUGUGUCGAGCGUUGAACGCCUCCGCAGUGAUGAUGUGA